CACUGCCAAAGGCUCAUCGUGUCGGUUGUCGAGUCUCCACAGUUGUUGUUUGUAAGAGGAUCGUAGGAUUCCCCGAAGGAGCAAAUGACCCGCCCCGCCAAGCAACGACAUCCACGACAUCCACUUCGAUUCCUCUCCCUUCCUCUCCUCACGCACACACAUAUUCGUUCGCCCUACGAUUCUCCUCGGAGUUACACCGCGCCUGAAACAUACAUCUUCCAGUCGCUCGCUAACGCUCGAGGUCUCACGUCACAAAGCAAUGGGUCUCUAGUGUCUCACCCCAUCCAUCGCAAUCGCUCUACCGGUUUAUCUACCAAGGUCCCGCAUUCUCAUGAGUUCGCUCCCUCUGCAACCACGACGGGCCAGCUGAUCCUGCGACUCGGAGCUCUCUUGUAGACAUACAAAGCUCCCAACUUCACAAUGGCCGGCUUCCGUCGGUGGGGAAAGGCGAAGUUCCAACGGAACCCUAAUUCGUCGUUUAAGCUGCUCGCAGCCCUCAUCGUCAUAUCUAUAUACCUUCUGACAAAGGAGUUCUCGAAACCGACAUUCCGGCUGUCUUCGAGGUGGAAGACGCACGGCGCCGACAUACAAUUCACUGAGUGGCAGAAUGGGACGAACAAGGCAGAGACGGCGAGGGCGAACAAGGUCCGCGAAGCCAUGAAAUACACGUUUUGGCAGUACAGGGAGAAUGCUUGGGGGGCAGAUGAUAUCCGGCCUGUGACGGGAGGUAACUACUCUUCUCGUAACGGGUGGGGAGCCUUCAUAGUGGAUGCGUCGACCACGCUGGCGGUCAUGGGAUUGUGGGAAGAGCUGGCUAUGUCGGUGGACUUUAUUCAGAAGAUAGAUUUCAACACCUCCAAGGACUACGUCGACCCGUUUGAAACCACCAUUCGGUAUCUCGGCGGACUGGUAUCGUUGGUUGAUCUCGCCGAUGCUGGGGUCAUCCCGGAUACCGUCAUUACGUCAGAGGCACGCGACAAAAUACUCCAGCAGGCCGUUACGCUUGCGAAUGCACUGGGACCUGCGUACGACUCGCCCACGGGUAUGCCGUGGCCCCGAGUCAAUCUCGAACUUCAUGAGGGUGUCGCAGACCCGCCCUGGAUCCGUAAGAAGGAGGAGGAUUUUCAUCGGUACGAUAAGGAUAACACGGUUAUUGGACCUGCGCGGACGGGGUCGUCUAUCCUCGAGAAUCGCGUAUUGACACGCCUGACUGGGGAUUCAAUUUACGUCCAGAAUGCAACGAAUGCUUGGGCGCCACUGAUUUGGAGCAAAUGGGUGUCGAAGUGGCGGGGUCUCCCCGAUGCGCCUAUCGAUAUCGUGACGGGAGCACCGACUGCCCGACAUCGACACUGGGACGGAGGACAUGAUUCUUUCUAUGAAUACCUUGUCAAGAUUACCCUCCUGGCCCCCCGUACCGACCCUUAUCUCAAGGUCUAUCAGAACCGAUUCAUCGAUGCUGCGUACUCUCUACGCAAGUAUCUUUCGUCUCGAUCUGCGCCUGCUCCCGGUCAUUACAAACAACAUCUCUUCAUCGGCAAGUCCAAUGACGAAUGGUACUUGAACGAACAAGGCCAUCUCGCAUGUUUCGCCCCCGGCGCCCUUCUCCUCGGAUCCAAAUUCUACGACGAAGGCCCACUGCGGACAUUCGCCCUCGCCCUCCUGGAAGGAUGCCGACACACCUACGCUGCCACGCCAUCAGGAAUCGGCCCCGAGAGUUGGUCAUGGAUCCCCAAGUUCGGCUACGACGACCCCAUGCACACGCCGCGGACAGACCGCGCCAAGAGCGAGUGGAAGACUAUGGGAUUCUGGAGCCAGGACCCGGCGUAUAAGAACCGACCCGAGUACGUGGAGUCGCUCUUCUACGCAUAUCGCAUGACGGGCGAGCAGCGGUACCGAGACUGGGCCUGGGAGGCCUUCAGCGCGAUGGAAAAGUACAGCAAGGCGCCGUACGGCUACGCGCAGUUGGUCGACGUGUUCCGUGUCAAUCCUGAGGAUUGGAACGGCAACGGAACGGCAAGAUGGAUCGAUGAGCAGGAGAGCUACUGGGCGGCGGAGACGCUGAAGUAUCUCUAUUUGACGUUUUCGGACGUGGAGAAGACGAGCCUGGAUCGUUGGGUCUUCAACACUGAAGGCCACAUGUUCCGCAUGAUUCGAUGAAUGACGUUGGCGGAGAAGAGCAAUAGAAAAAGCAAGAAGGGGAUUUUGGAUUUGUGGGUUGGGGCGUUUUUGUUGGAAAGGCGUAUGAUACCCUGUUGUUGUUGCCAGCUACUAUCUCACGAAACCUACCUUAAAUCGUACAUUUCUAUCUACUUCAUAGCAGCAGCUUUAUGGAGUACAUUCUUAUCAAUUCAUAUCAUGAC